CGUUUCUCCCCGUUUUCCCUGUCCCUCCCAGUCCUGCAAUGUGCCACCGUCAUCGGGUUCUGCUACUGGGCGUCGGAGCUGAUCCUGGCGCAGCAGCAGCAGCACAAGAAGUACCACGGCUCCCAGGUCUACGUCACCUUCGCCGUCAGCUUCUACCUGGUGGCGGGGGCAGGGGGGGCCUCGAUCCUGGCCACGGCCGCCAACCUGCUCCGGCAUUAUCCCACCGAGGAGGAGGAGCAGGCGCUGGAGCUGCUCUCGGAGAUGGAGGAGAACGAGCCCUACCCGGCCGAGUACGAGGUGAUCAACCAGUUCCAGCCUCCGCCAGCCUACACCCCCUGAUCCCGCCUGGAAUGUCCCUCCGGCCCCGCUCCCACCUCCUGCGGCUCCCGGGGCCCUCCACAAGAGGUUUUUGGGGCGGAUUGGCGGCGUUUGAUUCCCGGCCUUGGGUUUGUGGCUCCGCGGCGACGUUUGGACUCGGCCUCGUUCCCCCCACGUGGCUCCUCCUGGGAAUGGGGCAUCCACGGUUCCCCUGGGAAUGAGGGAUCCACAGUCCUCCUGAGAAUGAGGGAUCCACAAUCCUGAGAAUGAGGGAUCCACAAUUCUCCUGGGAAUGAGAGGUUUGGGAUCCACCGUUCUUCUUGGAAUAAGGGGUGUGGGGUCCACAAUUCUUGGAAUGAGGGGUGUGGGAUCCACAUUCCCACAUCAGAGCUUGUUCCCUCCUCCUCCGAGGCCCCCAAGGCCUGGACACAAGUGGAUAUAUUUAUAUAUAUUUAUAUAUAUUUAUAUCAGGGAAGCUCCCACCACAUUCCCGGGGCAGGGAUGGCUCAUCCUGCACGGCAGGAGGUGGAAAUUCCCACUCCCAGCUCUCCCUGCACCUCUCUUCCCACCACACAGACAUUCUGCACUUUAUUCCAGGCUCUGGGAAGGACUGGGACAGUUUUGGGGCCCCUGGCACUGCACGGGGAGGAAAACUCUGGGGGUUUUUGGGAUCAUCUGGCUCCUGCCGGCAAAAUUUUGGGAUUUUUAGCCAAAAUAACCCCAGACUUUGGCCCAGCCACAGCUCCUGGGAAGCAGGAGCCCACGCUGGAAAAAUCCUGGAGCUUUUAUGCAAAUCCCUCCACGCCGCCCCCACUCUCCUGCUUUUUCCUCCCAAAUUCUGUGUUUUUCCCUCCUGCUCUUGGUUCCUUGCCCCCUUUUCCCUCCUCAAUCCCUGAGAUGCUCCAUCCAGGAGCAGACACUUUCCCUGCAUGGUGCUGGAGCAACAGGAGAAGCUGAUCCAGCAUUUCCCAUCCUGGAGGAGGAAUCCAGCAGAUUUUGGGGCUGUUUAAGGCAAAUAAUAAGGAAAAAACCCAUGGGAUUCAUCGACCAGCACCGAAAAUCCCAUCAGGGAAUCAUGGAAUGGUUUGGCUUGGAAGGACCUGAAAGACGAUCCAGGAAAGCCCCAGGCUGGCUCCAGGAAGAAGCUUUGGGCCUGGAAAAUGGCUUGUUUUAGGUUCUCCACCCUCCCCCCAAUGCUUUUAUCCCUGUUUGCCCCCCCAUCCCUUUUCCCCCCCUGCCCCUGGCUAUGCAAGAGCCUCGCUCGCUCUCCGGGGUGGAAUCUGGAAAACUCAUCCUGGGAAAAGCCCUUCCCGAGCGGCUCCGAGGAGCCCAAUCAACACUAAAACCCCUUCGGGGGGAUCCCGGGAAUGGGGGGUCGGGGGAUCCCAAAGGAAACAUCCCACAGCUGGGAAAGGCUUUGGGAUUGCCUGGAUAUGCAAGAGGGGGGUUGGGUGUAAAUAGUCUGAGCUUAAAUGUUCUGAAUUUGGGUUAAAAAAAAGACCCCAAAAAGGGACAUGAUGUUGUUUCCUGCGGGGCUCGGGGGAAAGGGGGGAAGAUUGGGGUUUGGAAAUGUUGGGAUGUGGGAGCCGCGGGAUUUGGGGCUCCAGGGGGAAUAAAGGGGUGCAAAGA